AACGUGAUAAUUUCGUAUCACGUAAUAACGUGAUAAUUUCGUAUCACGUUAUAACGUGAUAAUUUCACGUUAUAACGUGAAAAUACCACAUCACGAAAUAACGUGAUAAUUUCAUAUCAUGAAAUAACGUGAUAAUUUCACGUUAUAACGUGAAAAAUAUCACGUUAUAACGUGAAACUUUUCACGUAAUUACGUGAUACUGAGCCGAAAUAUUUUUUGGGGAGUGAUAGCAAUACACCACCGUACACAUGAGAUCCAUCCUCUCACUUUAUAUUUUGUACAAGAAUACAGCAGCCGUAAGUUUGCUGGUAUAAAUGUGUGGCUGUUAUAUUUUAAAUUUGCUCUAUUGAAGACCAUGCAAGUGGAAUAAUACUCAAAUAAACAACUUAUAUGGCCGCAAGACAGCUGCGAAUGCAGAUAACUGAAGAGCACAACACCCAUCAUCCUGAUUUACAGUGCAGCUGAGGUUGUGGUGGUGAAAGCAGAUUAAUAACAAGCCAUAAAGUGUGGCAAGGAGUGUGAGGGCAAGAAAGAAAGCAGGGAUAAAAACAGAGAGAGAGAGAGAGCUUAAUUAAGGCAGGACCACCAUCUCUGCAAUGACUUACAACCCCAUAUCUGUGUGUCCAAGCCCCAAAAGCCAAGCCUUAGAUGAGUAUUGUGAACUUGCAGUAAAUGUCUCAGCAGUAGUGUCUCUCCUCGUCUAUGGACUCCUCUCAGGCUUUGCUGGCACCUUCUGGCCCUUCAUCUUUUGCCCCUACACCCUGUUGUCAUCCAGUGGGAAUCAUGCAUCUUCUUCGUCUGGGACUCCUGGCUUUUAGCUGUCUUUUUUGGGCAGCUGGUUUAGCCAUUUUUACAUUAGGUGUUUGGGCUCAGAUUUCGCUGUCUGACUUCAUGCUGCUGUCUGCGAAUCGCUACCCUAAUGCCCCUUUAAUACUUUUGUCCACAGGGGCUAUUGUUACUGCAUGGGGUUUUCUUGGUUGUCUUGGAGUAGCUGCAAACUUGCCCUAUCUUCUUAGGGCCUAUGGAUUUUUUCAACUUGUUGCGCUUAUUGCAGGAUUGACAGGUGGACUCUCUGGUCUUUUCUAUCGUGAAGACAUUGCUGGAGGAUUUCGGAGUGGCUUACAGCUUGCAGUGGCCGGUUACACAGAGGAUGAAGGUCGAGCAGAUGCUUUGGAUAGUCUGCAAAGAGCCUUGGAAUGUUGUGGAGCUGACAGUUGGCGUGACUGGUUGUCCUCAGACUGGGCAAUUCAACAUGUUGCCUUCCCAUCUAUUGAAAAUGCCACCUCUAUUUCCCUUCCAGAUAGCUGUUGCAUAAAGCGUAAAGGCUGCAGGAACCGUCCUUUGAUGUCAGGUGACAAUGAAGGAGUAGUUUCUGCUGGAAUCCACCCUCAUGGCUGCUUUCGUAAAGUUUUCAGUUUAGUCAAUGAUAAUGUAUUUCAUAUUGCAGCUUCUGUUUUAGGACUGGCCUUUACCCAGAUAGGAGGCAUUGCCUUAGCUUGCAUGCUGGCAAACAGGAUUAAGUCACAGCAACCUGAGCGAAUAGUACACUGAU